UCCUCACAAACCGAUUUGACAAGCCAAAAGAAAAAGAAGAGAAGCAAUUUCCCGUUGAUCUGCGCUGAAACAAGACAGAAAAAUACCACUUCUUUCCCACUUCCACAGUCGGCCUAAUCAAUCGGAAAAUAGCAACUCCAAGAAAAUCCAGCACUCGGCGGCGGCGGCGACGAUGAAGGAAGGGCUGUUCCACCGUCAGAAUCAGUCUCAGAGGAUGGCAUUCGCUGGCGUUUUUGCCAUUCUCCUCCCAAUUUGCUUCCCUCAUCUCUUCCGUCCUCUCGGCAGAGCCUCGCCGUCUCUCUUCUCUGAAUGGAUUGCUCCGAGACCAAGGCACUUGCCUCUGUUGAAAGCUGCUCUGACUCGUCACAUUCCCGUCAGACAACAGUCUGGGCUUUGGGCUCCUUUGCCUGACCAAGGAUGGAAGGCUUGUAAUGAACCAACUAUUGUCUCUUCAUUACCUGCAAAAUCACAAGGGUAUAUACAAGUCUUCCUAGAUGGAGGGUUAAACCAGCAAAGAAUGGGAUUAUGUGAUGCAGUAGCAGUUGCUAAGAUACUCAACGCAACACUUGUUGUUCCGCAUCUUGAUUUGAACCCUGUUUGGCUAGAUUCAAGUUCAUUCAGCGACAUAUUUGAUGUGGAUCAUUUUAUCAAUGUUCUGAGUAAUGAAGUCAAGAUAGUUAAAGAGCCACCCAAUGAGUAUUCUUGGAGCACUAGAGAGUACUAUGCGACAGGUAUAUGGCCUACCCGAAUAAAAACAGCUCCUGUCCAUGCUUCUGCUCAGUGGUAUCAAGAUAAUGUCUUGCCUGUACUUCAGAGCUAUGGAAUAGUGGCCAUUGCGCCCUUUUCUCAUCGGUUGGCCUUUGAUCAGCUGCCUAUAGACCUCCAGCGCCUGAGAUGUAAAGUGAACUUUGAAGCACUAGCAUUUGUUCGUGAUGUCAAAGUGUUAGGUGAGUUGAUUGUUAAUCGUCUACGCAAGACCAAACACCAAGUCUUGGGAUCUGAAUUGAGGGUAAACAAUGAUGGUUCUGGUAAUGAUGGCUCGGGAAAAUAUGUAGUACUACAUCUUCGAUUUGAUAAGGAUAUGGCUGCUCACUCAGCCUGUGACUUCGGUGGAGGUAAAGCUGAAAAGCUUGCUCUGGCGAAGUACCGGCAAGAGUCAAGGGCGUUGUCAUUGACACCUGAAGAGAUUGGACUACUGCUAUCAGCUUUAGGCUUCACCAAUAGUACUCGCCUCUAUCUCGCAUCCCACAAGGUCUAUGGCGGAGAAGCAAGGAUUGCUACUUUGAAGCAGUUCUUCCCUUUAAUGGAAGAUAAGAAGACUCUUGCUUCGGCAGAGGAACUGGCUAAGGUUGAAGGGAGAGCUUCACUAUUAGCCGCAGUUGAUUAUUAUGUCAGCUUGAAGAGCGACAUAUUCAUAUCUGCUUCACCUGGAAACAUGCACAACGCAUUGGUGGGACACAGAGCCUAUUUGAAUUUGAAGACCAUAAGACCAAACAUGGUUCUGUUAGGUCCAUUGUUCCUGAACAAGAGCAUGGUAUGGCCAGACUUUGAAGCUGCAGUUCUCAACGGUCACAGAAAUAGACAGGGACAGAUUAGGCUGAGAAAGGAGAAGCAAUCUAUUUUCACUUAUCCUGCUCCUGAUUGUAUGUGUAAAUCAUAACAUUUGCACGGUUUGCUUUUUCUGAAAAGAGUGGUCAGUCUAGUUUGUUAUGUCAUUCAGACCCUUCGUUCCAACACCUUGCUUUCGUUCCAACUCUUGAUGCGUGAUAGCGGAUCUCACGUAUCGUGAAACUCGAACUCUUCUAUGAAAACUAAUGAAACGCGAUAAAAAUA